UGAAUGUCACUUGUCCGCCGAUUCCACUGCCCACCACCAUCACUGUAACCAUCCUGCCGAUCCGAUCAGCCGUGUGAUUUAAGCAACUGCGUGGACCCAAUGACAACGAUGCACCGCCGCCUUUGUGGAGCGAGGGAAUCUCUGGAAACUGGCUGCAAGUGACAAGCGGCGAGCGGAAUCAAAGCACUCGGGUUAGCCAACGAAACGAAAACCAAAUCCUGACCAGCAACGCCAAGGGAUGAAGCUGCUGGGCAAAUAUGUGGACAAGGGCAUGCAGGGGAACGUCACCCUGAUGCCCGAGGAGUCGGAGGACAUGUGGCACGCCUUCAAUUUGAUAGCCGAGGGCGACAGCGUGCGCAGCACCACCAUUCGCAAGGUGCAGAAUGAGACGGCCACCGGCUCCUCCACGAGCAGUCGGGUGCGCACCACCCUAACCAUCGCCGUGGAGAGCAUAGAUUUCGAUACGCAGGCCUGUGUGCUCCGCCUAAAAGGACGGAACAUCGAGGAGAACCAGUACGUCAAGAUGGGCGCCUAUCACACGCUCGAUCUGGAGCUCAAUCGCAAGUUUGAGCUGCGCAAGCCCGAGUGGGACACCAUCGCCCUGGAACGCAUCGAAAUGGCCUGCGAUCCCACACAAUCGGCGGAUGUGGCCGCUGUCGUGAUGCAGGAGGGACUGGCCCACGUCUGCCUGAUCACCGCCAGCAUGACGCUGGUGCGGAGCAAGAUCGAGGUGUCGAUACCGCGAAAGCGCAAGGGCAGCGUCCAGCAGCAUGAGAAGGGACUGGCCAAGUUCUACGAGCAGGUGAUGCAGAGCAUCCUGCGGCACGUCAACUUCGAUAUCGUCAAGUGCGUGCUGAUCGCCUCGCCGGGAUUUGUGAGGGACCAGUUCUACGACUACAUGUUCCAGCAGGCCGUCAAGAUGGACUACAAGCUGCUGCUGGACAACAAGAGCAAGUUCAUGCUGGUGCAUGCCUCCUCGGGAUUCAAGCACUCCUUGAAAGAGGUUCUCCAGGAUCCCGCCGUGCUGGCCAAGAUGUCCGACACCAAGGCCGCUGGCGAGGUCAAGGCCCUGGAGCAGUUCUACAUGAUGCUGCAAUGUGAGCCCGCCAAGGCCUUCUACGGCAAGAAGCACGUCCUCCAGGCCGCCGAGUCCCAGGCCAUCGAAACGCUGCUCAUCUCGGACAACCUCUUUAGAUGCCAAGACGUUAAUCUUAGGAAGGAAUAUGUAAAUCUGGUUGAAUCAGUUCGGGAUGCUGGAGGCGAAGUUAAGAUCUUUUCCAGCAUGCACAUCUCAGGAGAACAACUCGCUCAACUGACUGGAGUUGCGGCCCUCUUGCGUUUUCCGAUGCCCGAACUGGAGGACAGCGAUGAUGAUGAUGACGAGGACGGAGCGGCGGGCGGGGGAGAUAGCGAUAGCGACUAGGAUGAUAAUCUAGGAUAUAAUCAUGAUGGAAGCUCGAUGGAAUCUUGGCAUUUGUUAACGGAAUUAACUGACUUGGGAACUCAACUAGCGAUCGAUAUACAAGUAGACUAAUAGGAACCACGACAGACUUGGACGUCAGGGCAUAUACAAUAUACAUAGUGCUAAUUCGAUACGAUAUACACACACAAAUAACUAUUUAAGUUUUCCCCGUGGCUGGGCCUAGAAAUUCGUAGUCAGAAUCCCAGCAUUUUCUGGACUGAAAAAAGCCACUCUAAACAAUAUUGUUCUAUACUUUGUGUUCAACGAAAUGGCCACAAUAUUGAUAGGUUUUAUUGAUUUAUACCCUAAACGAAAUUGAGUUGCUGUUGACAGCAGUUAUUUUAUGCAAAUUGUAUGCCUUCUUCUCUUAAAUUCAUUGUUCAUUAAUUUGUAAAAUUUUGGAUUGAGUUUACAAAUAUAUACAGCCGAAAUAUAUUCAA